AUGAACCAAAGGGGAUUGCCCUUCUUAAAUGCGAGAGCUGAUUCCAUUCCUAACCAUUGCUAUAGGGCUUUAAAGAACUAUGGAAAUGCCAAUUCAGUGACUUUGCCAGAGACUUUAUUGUUCGUUUCAACUCUUGAUGGGAGUUUACAUGCAGUUAGCAAGAGAACAGGGUCAAUUAAAUGGACUUUAAAGGAAGAUCCUGUACUUCAGGUGCCACUACACAUGGAAGAUCCUAGGCCAGCAUUUCUGCCGGAUCCUAACGAUGGAAGUCUCUACACUCUUGGUGGCAAGAAUAAUGAAGGCUUAACUAAACUGCCAUUCACCAUCCCUGAGCUCGUCCAGGCGUCCCCUUGCCGUAGUUCAGAUGGAAUUCUGUACAUGGGGAAGAAGCAGGACAGCUGGUACGUGGUAGACCUCACAACAGGAGAAAAACAGCAGACUUUAACCUCUUCAUUUGCCGAAAGCUUGUGCCCAUCUACCUCACUGCUGUAUCUUGGCCGAACAGAGUAUACCAUCACAAUGUACGAUACCAAGAGUAAGGAACUCCGCUGGAAUGCCACUUACUUCAACUACGCAGCCACAUUGCCUGAUGAAGACGUUCAAUAUAAAAUGUCCCACUUUGCAUCUAAUGGAGAUGGACUAGUGGUAACUGUGGACAGCGAGUCAGGGGAUGUCUUGUGGAUCCAGAAUUAUGGCUCCCCUGUUGUGGCUUUUUACAUCUGGCAGCGGGAAGGCUUAUGGAAAGUGAUGCACACCAACGUGGGAGUUGAAACCCUACGCUACUUGACGUUCAUGUCUGGUGAAGUUGGGCGCAUCACUAAAUGGAAAUACCCAUUUCCCAAAGAAACAGAGGCCAAAAGCAAACUGAUGCCCACGCUUUAUGUAGGGAAAUACUCUACUGGCUUAUACGCUUCGCCAUCUAUGGUACAUGAAGGAGUGGCUAUUAUGCCUCGGGGAAGCCCCAUUCCAUUGAUAGAAGGCCCCAAAACACAGGGUGUCACCAUUGAAGAAUGUGUGAUCACCCCAAGUACUGAUCUAAGGUUUCAGCCUGGAUUUAAAUCAAAGAAAGGACUCCAUUAUCUGAGGAACCAUUGGCUUUUAAUAGGGCAUCAUGAGACACCAUUAUCAGCCCCAACCAGGAUCCUAGAGAAAUUUCCAAGCAAUUUGCCAAAGCGUCAGGAAAACGUGAUCCCAGCAGAUUCAGACAAGACUGUUUUUGAAGAGGCAAUUAAUAUGGCUGGAAGUCCUGGAAAAAAUUUGCCCCACCCUGUUUCAGAGAAUGCUGGAGAGACGACCAGUCCAACUACGCCCCGACCAGAGACUCCAGUUGAUUCCAUCCUGAAGGACUUUGCCACUGUUAUCUUAAGCACUUUCCUGCUUGUUGGCUGGGUAGCUUUUGUUAUCACAUAUCCCAUGAGCAUGCACCAUCAGCAACAACGUCAGCAUCAGCAGUUCCAGAAACAGAUAGAAGAAAAGCUACAGUUGUUGAAGCAGCAGCCCUUCACACCUGCCAUAGAUCUUCCUCCCGAGGCAGAACUUCUGGAUGGCUCUUGUGUCAGGCAAGAUGGCUCAGCCACCAGUUCACCAAACAUGUCGCCGAAGACAUCAAACCACUCUGCGUAUUCCAACAUCUCUGCCUCUGAUGUUGGAAGCUGCCUUUCCACUGAACCAGAAGGAGAUGGAAACUCAGGCACCAUUGUGGUUGGAAAGAUUUCAUUCAAUCCAAAGGAUGUUCUCGGACAUGGAGCUGAGGGAACAAUUGUUUACAGGGGCACGUUUGACAACAGAGAUGUUGCUGUGAAGAGAAUUCUCCCUGAAUGUUUCAGCUUUGCUGACCGGGAGGUCCAGCUGCUGCGUGAAUCUGACGAACACCCUAAUGUAAUCCGCUAUUUCUGCACAGAGAGGGACCGUCAGUUCCAGUAUAUUGCUCUGGAACUCUGUGCUGCCACUUUACAAGAG